AUGAAGUGCGCCGUACUCGAUCUUCGUUUCUUUACUGGAAAACGCUUCCUCGUUCGUUUUUCUGAGGCUCACUCUGCAUUCGUUCUUUCGAUUCUGUAUCAAAAUUCAGAAAGGACAUACCCCAACAACAUGAAACGGGCCAAUUUCCUACCAUUUUUUCUUGGACUUUUGGCUUGGGCAUGUAUCUCCUGUGUGAAGGCUGAAGACCCAUAUAGAUUUUUUAAUUGGGUAAUUACAUAUGGACAGAUUUCUCCUCUUGGUGUUCCACAAAGGGGCAUACUUAUCAAUGGCAAAUUUCCAGGCCCAACCAUCGAAUGUGAAACUAAUGACAAUGUCGUUGUUAAUGUCAUUAAUAAGCUUGAUGAACCUUUUCUCAUCACAUGGAAUGGAAUCAAACAGAGAAAGGAAUCAUGGCAAGAUGGAGUGCUUGGAACAAACUGUCCAAUUCCACCAAAAACAAACUGGACAUAUCACAUGCAAGUCAAAGAUCAAAUUGGAACAUUCUCCUACUUCCCUUCAACUGCAAUGCAUAGAGCUGUUGGUGGUUUUGGAGGAUUCAAUAUUCAAGCAAGACCUGUGAUUUUUGUCCCAUAUCUAAAACCUGUUGCAGAGUUCACUCUUAUUGUCAGUGACUGGUGGAAAUCUGAUCACAAGACAUUGCAACAACGACUUGACUCAGGGAAAGCUUUAACUAAGCCUGAUGGUCUCCUCAUUAAUGGGAGUCCACGUGGCACUUCUUUCACUGGUAAAAUAGGUCAAAGAUACUUGUUUAGGGUGUCGAAUCUGGCUUUGACAACUUCAAUAAACUUUAGGAUUCAAGGGCAUGCAAUGACAUUAGUUGAAGUAGAAGGAGCUCAUACAUUACACGAAUCAUACGAAUCGUUUGACCUUCAUGUUGGUCAAUCUGUUUCUUUUUUAGUCACUUUACAUUCUCCUUCAAAAGAUUAUUUCAUUGUUGCUUCUUCAAGAUUCACAAAAUCCAUUCUUACUGCAACUGGAAUCCUCCAUUAUGAUGGAGCUAAAUCAAAAGCUUCAUUGCCAUUACCUGUUGGCCCUACCUACCAAGUUCACUGGUCAAUGAAGCAAGCCAGAACAGUCAGAUGGAACUUGACAGCAAAUGCAGCAAGGCCAAACCCUCAAGGUUCAUUUCACUUUGGGACAAUUCCAAUAACAAGAACUGUUGUGUUGGCUAAUUCUAAAGCUACUAUCAAUGGAAAGCUUCGAUAUGCUGUGAAUAAAGUGUCCCAUGUCAACCCAGCUACCCCAUUGAAGCUUGCUGACUAUUUCAACAUUCCUGGUGUCUUUAAAGUCAACUCGGUCAAAGAUAGACCCUCUGCGGGACCCACGAUUCUUGCGCCAUCUGUUCUUGGUUUUGCCCUUCAUGACUUUGUGGAAAUUGUCUUUCAAAACAAUGAAAACUCGAUGCAAUCAUGGCAUCUUGAUGGGCAUGAUUUUUGGAGUGUUGGGUUUGGUGGCGGCCAGUGGAAUUCGACAAUGAGGAGUAGAUUCUACAAUUUGAACGACGCCACCACACGAUACACAGUCCAGGUUUAUCCAAAAUCUUGGAGCUCGAUAUUGGUGUCGUUGGAUAACAAGGGGAUGUGGAAUUUAAGAUCGGCGAAUUGGCCGAGGCAGUAUUUGGGACAACAGUUGUAUGCUCGAGUGUGGAAUGAUGAGAAAAGUCUUUUUACCGAAUAUGAUGCGCCAGCAAACUUAUUGCGAUGUGGGAAGGCACGAAAGUAGCAAAAAAUAUGUUAGAAUUUUUAUUAAAUUGCAACUUUUGUUGUUCAUGUUGUUGUUAUUGUUGUUGUUCUCUUGUUACGCAGUUACGAUGGUGUAACUAUGUCAUGUAGGAGAAUUAAAAUAAUUAUGUUUUUUAUCAUUGGGUUUAAAUUGUUUCUUGAUACUAAAUUUUAAUGUUAAUGGAUCUACUUGAG